ACAAGUGAGUUUUAUAUUCCUUAUUUUGCUCGCGAUCGAUGUUUGUCUUUACUGUUGUUGGAAAGCAUAUUUGGACCAGUGCAUCUAAAUUGCAGCCAUUGAGCCAGGCACUAAAUAUGUUUGGAGGAUCUUCGGUGUGACGCACAGACCGCGCCAAUGGAGAGCUUCGUGAACCAAAGUGACUUGUGGCCGGUGAACGACUCGUGGUCCUCCGAGCCCAACCAGACGAACCCCCUGAAGAGGAACGAGGAGGUGGCCAAGGUGGAGGUGGCCGUCCUCGCCCUGAUUCUCUUCCUGGCGCUCACCGGCAACCUGUGCGUCCUGGCGGCCAUCCGCAGCGCCAAGCACAGCCAUUCGCGCAUGUACUACUUCAUGAAGCACCUGAGCAUCGCCGACCUGGUGGUGGCCGUCUUCCAGGUCCUGCCCCAACUCAUCUGGGACAUCACCUUCCGCUUCUACGGGCCGGAUGUGGUGUGCAGGCUGGUCAAGUACCUGCAGGUGGUGGGCAUGUUCGCCUCCACCUACAUGCUGGUGCUCAUGUCGGUGGACAGGUGCCUGGCGAUCUGCCAGCCUCUGCGCUCCUUGCACAGGAGGAAGGACCGCUUCUACGUGGUGUUCUCCUGGAGCCUCAGCAUGCUCCUCAGCGUGCCCCAAAUGUUCAUCUUCUCCCUCAGAGAGGUGGGCUCGGCCGGCUCCGGGGUGUACGACUGCUGGGCCGACUUCAUCGCGCCGUGGGGAGCCAAGGCGUACAUCACGUGGAUCAGCCUGACCAUCUACAUUAUCCCGGUGGGAAUCCUGAGCGCGUGCUACGGUCUGAUCAGCUUCAAGAUAUGGCAGAACUUUAAGCUGAAGACCAGGCGGGAGCAGUGCAUCAGCCUGGCGCCCAAAAGUGGCAAAGGAGGCAACGCGCUGGCGCGCGUCAGCAGCGUCAAACUCAUCUCCAAGGCCAAGAUGACCACCGUCAAGAUGACUUUUGUCAUCGUGCUGGCUUACAUCGUGUGCUGGACGCCCUUUUUCUCCGUGCAGAUGUGGUCCGCCUGGGACCCUGCCGCCCCACGCGAGGCAAUGCCCUUCAUCAUCUCCAUGCUGCUGGCCAGCCUCAACAGCUGCUGCAACCCGUGGAUCUACAUGUGCUUCGCGGGCCACCUCUUCCACGACCUGCGGCAGAACUUCCUGUGCUGCUCGGCGCGCUACCUCAAGUCGUCGCAGUGCCGCUGCGAGCGCGACUUGGACUCCAGCCACAAGAGCAUCUCGUCCUCCUUCGUCAUUAAGAGCGCCAGCAGCCAGAGAAGCAUCACGCAGACGUCAAGCACGUGAGCGAGCGCUCGGGCGUCAAAUAUACAAAACCUCGCCAAAGACUCUUUCUUAACUGGCCCUGAAGGACACUCAGAAAAUACAAAUAAUAAUUAUUUAAUUUCCAAUACAGCCAUUUAUGACGUGAAUAGAGAAUGAUUUAUGGCUGUAGAAAAGCUUUGAGUGCAAUUCAUAUUUUCAGGGUAAUUAUGGCCUAAGCCAAGCAAUCAACAACAAGCCCAUUUUUAAGAUUCUUUUUUUUUUUUUUUUUAAAUUUAAAUUAAUGCACAGUAGAAGGGUGAUUAGGACGGAGCUGCCAUACAAGAGAGCUCGAGGAAGAACAAAGAGAAGGUUGAUGGAUGGAGUGAGGGAAGACAUGAGGGCAGUUGGAAGAUGCAGGAGAUACGCUCACAUGGAAAAGGAUAACACGAUGUGGCGGCCCACAAGCCGAAAGGAAAAGAAGAAGUAGACAGUGUAUAUAUACAAACUAUUAAUUGGGCGUCAGUUUCACUCAAAAUCAUUCAACCAAACCUGUAAAUUCAAUUCAAUUCAUGUAAAUUGUGGAAACUUUUCAAUAAGAAAUACUAAUUGCUUCUUAUAAUAUUCACAGUGUCAGGCUUUUUAAAUGGUUCCUGUGUCAUCGGUCCAUUGCUGGUGAACUUACUAGAAGUUUGGAACCACUGCAAAUGUCGCAACAGGGGUGGAAUUCUUUGGAGUGCAACUGAAGGGUUUUCUCAUAUUUUGGUGACCUCAUUUAUAGUGAGAAGAGAGCAAAAUAUUGAGAACACCUCUGUGUGAAUUCGACACCACAUCCACAAUAAUCAUUUGAAUUUUACAUUCAUUUAAUAUUGUGCGCAUGUACAUACUGUAUAUGCUUGGUGUGCCGACAACGUAGAAGAAAGUGCAGCUGACAGUAUCAGACCUGUGUGUGAAUGCGUGUGCACGUGUGUUAUACAUGUGUGCCAUGUUGUUGUUCACGUUGCAUCUGCAGUUGAUUGCAUUCAUGUCAAAUAUUUAUAUAAUGUACUGUGAGAGAUGUGAAAACUGUCAUUGAAGAAUGCUCUUAUAAAGAGAAUAAAGUACAAAAAGAGGAGAACAUGCUAUGCUAACUUCGCCCGGCUGAGCUGUGUGGAAAAGUCCUUAAGAUGGUGUGCUGGAAGCUUGCCUAAGGGAUAGUUCUCCAAUGUUGUGACUAAUUUUCUACCUAUAAGGUUUUGUAGGAGUUGGCCACAGAAUAUAUUCAAAUGUGCAGCCAGCUGGGCUAAAAUUACACAAUUCAGGGAUGGAAGAAAGUGGAGCCUAUCCCAGUUGACUUAGGGCGAGAGGCGGGCGACUCCCUGGACUCAAUCACACGGCACAUAUCGAGACGAUAGCCAUUCACACUCACAUUCACACAGUAACUGAGUGGAAACUGCUCAGGCGAGGGAAUCGCUACACCGUCAUUGACCUCAGGUAAACUCCAAUUCAUACACUGUAUUGCGAUGCAAUUCAGGCUUGAGUUCUUCAGAUCAAUGAACCUCAUCACCUCCCCGUGACUCAUUCUGCAUUCAUUCUUAAUCACAGCUCAUUGAUUAUUGCCGCCAUUCAUUAGGACUAAUCUGAAUGAAAAGAAACAAAGCACUGCACAAGGUUCCCUAAAGGGUAUUUCUCUUAUUGGUCUCAUUAAAUAUUGAGCCAACAUAUACAGUAUGCAUCAUAUAUCAAAUAAAACAAUCAUUCGAAAUGUUGGACGAUUGCUGCAAAGUUUUGACUGUUGUGCACACAUUUUUGCUGUCCUUUCAAGUAGGCUACGUUGUUGUCUGAAAAACCAAAACUUCAAUCAAUAUUUGAUUUUGUUUGGCUAGAGAGAACGCAUGGACCUUGCUACUUUGCAUUAAUAAAUGCUGCUAACUGUAAGAUACAAUCACUGAAAAUGUUUCAUUCUUAUGAAUACAUAAUAUACAAACUACUAUCAGAUACAGUAAUACUGAGCCUACUGUAUAGUGUCCUUUCCUAUUGGGCUGAUAUUUAGUGAAUGACAAGCCUUUAAAAGGUCUUCAAAAGUCUUAGUCUUAAACUUCCUUAAACCUGCAAUUACCCUGUUUUAAUACUGAAAGAAAGAAAACGUAAUAAUAUAGAGUAAAUAACCAGACUCAAGCUAACAAUCAUGAUUAAAAUAUCGGUGCUUUUGCUCUCAUAGCACAGUGCAGUACACAAACAGUUUUAAUGGAAUAAAGAAGGGUGACGGUAAUGAUCUAAAAUAUAAAUACAUUCAUUAUGAUGUAUUAUAAAUGCUUUAUGCUGCAUAGGGAACAAUCUCCGUUAAUUCAACAUUGACUAAAAUAUGAUUUGGGAUUUAUUUCCCAAGCAUAUACCUUUGGUCACACAGUCUGGUGGACUUCUAUUUGUCUUUGUUGUGAGGGGAAAAAAACUCUCAUUCCCACAGAUCAUUAAUCAUAAUAAUACUAUACCAUUGCCAUAAUGCAAUUUUAUGCCAUGCCCGCACAAUAAUAGAAGACAACUAUGUUGUAUCAACUAAAAUUAAGUGACUGUGGAGUCGGGAAUGAUGACCCUUUAUGCAGUGAUUCACAAGCACUGUGCCAGGGAGAUCAUCUGGUGUGCAGGAAAUUGUUCAGUUUUAUUUCAUUGGCAUAAUAUAAUCUAUCUUUGUUCAUCUAUCUGUACCAGUGACCUAUAGUGACACAUUUCACACUAAGUUAAUUUGUGAGCGAAUUGAGACGAGAUCGUCAUUAUUUCAGUAUAUAGGCAUACACCUUUUGUGACAUCUUUGUUUGCUGCUGUGCCGUGAGAGUUAAUAAAAAAUACUGUGCACUACUCAUAAAAAGUAGUAGUAGUAUUGAAAGUACAAUUAUUAGGUUAUUAAAUUAUGUUUGCAUGUAAAGGUUAUACUGCAUUUUAGAUUCAUCCUGAAAUUUCACCUGAAUUUCCCUAACUUUUUGUGUGUCGUUAAUGUACCUACAG